UGUUUAGGCCCGCUACAACCCAUAGCAGCCUGUCUUAUACCCCAGUCACACGGGCACUUUCAAAGUCCUUUGAACCAAAGAUCCUUUACUUCAAGGGAGAAUGCGCGCUGUCACACGGGCACAGCAAAGGAGCCCUACUGGAAGGGAGCUUUGAGUCGAAGGAGUGCGCGUUCGUCCUUUGAAACCUCAAGGGAAUACUCUCGAGCCUAGAGGGCGUCCGACAGCAGAAAAAAAAGAUAUCCAAAAAUAUGGGAGUUCAAUUUUUACGUCUUCAGAACAAGCUUAUAAGUACGAAAUACUAUUACUAAGGUACUAAACACUUUCGGGACACCCGCAAUCUCCAUCAUGAAGCCGCCGGUACAGCAGCGCCGGCACGGCCUGUCGUCAGCAGCAACAUCGACAUGAUCGACACAAACACGGGCAACACGGGUGCCACGUGCGGUUUGGUUCUUUGGCGAGCGGCAGCUAGGCAUUUCAAGUCUCCUCGGCUUUUUUCUGUGCGUCUUCCCUCGUCACUUUUGUUUAGUAGUUCUGUAUUUUACCUCGUUUACGCGCACCAACCGCUGCCUAGCCACAAGGAAUGAGCGCCUCCGACUCCUCGCAAACGGCAACCCAACAGACGGCCCCGCCGCAACCACGAACAACGUGGGGCGAACGGGAGACAUGGGCUCUUAUAAGUCUUUGGGAAGAGCAUCUAGACCACCUGAGAGGAGAGCGGAGGAAUGCUAGAGUAUAUGAUCGCAUUGUGCAAGGACUCGCCAGGCUCGAAAUUAUCCGGACAAGAAAACAGGUGCAGAGCAAGAUCGACAACCUCACCCAAAUGUACAGAAGUUGGGCAAAGAAACGCACAACAGGCUCUGCACCUGUGCCAUGGAUGUAUUUUAAUGAAAUACAUCGCUUUCUUGGAACGCUGCCAGCGAAUGACCAGUCGCUGGUAGAAGAAAGUGCAGCGCACUCAGAUGCCACAGUUGAACAGUUGAUCUGUAGCAUGGAGCAUGGCUACGAAUCGCCAAACAACGAGGAUGAAUGGGAGCUGGAGCCAUCGGAAGCUGUCCCCACAUCAGAACUAGCAGAUGAGGCACCAUCACAGAGAAGUCGUAUAACAAAUGAAAACCAGCGUCGUUCUCGAAAGAGAAAGCUCACAAGCACAAGUGAAUUUCAGCGGGACCUCCUUAACGAGCAACGCCUGCUUCGGCAGGCAUUGGAAUCGGCGACCAAAGAAGACCGGGUGCUCAGAGAGCGACAAAUAAAUGCUCCAGAAAGACUUGUUCGACUGCUGGAGCAGUAUUUUAAUAAAGAUUGACGGGAGGUCGCGUCCCGCAUUUG